AUGCUGGCGGCGCUGCCGGACGGCGAUGAGCGGGAGCUGGAAAGCAGCGAGGAGGGCGGCGGCGGUGCGGGAGACGAGCGGCGGCCGGAGCGGCACGGCAGCACCUACCACAGCCUGUACGGCUACUGGAGCCGCAGGUCAUCGCGGCGGGGAGCGGAUGGCGGCGAUGGCGGCGCGGCGCCUGGGAGCCCCCCCGGCCGGGACUUCAGCCUCUCUUUGCUGGACACAAACUUACCAGCUGAAGCAGAAACCGAACUGCGUGGUUUUAUUGCUAAACGCCUGGCCAAAGGAGCUGUUUUCGAAGGGAUGGGGAAUGUAGCAACUGUGGAUUUGAGUAUACCAGAAUGUAAAGUUGGUUGUUAUUACUGUCUUUUCCAACAAGAAAGUCUUCUAGAAACAGCAACGCUGGAAUCGGAAAUCAGUGCUCCAGAAUAUGUAGUUUGUUUCCUAGGUGGCUCAGAGAAAGGUCUGGAACUUUUCAGACUUGAAUUGGACAAAUACGUUCAAAGUCUGAAGCUAAGCCUUGACUUGGAGCAGAAAACGUUGGAGACUUGUGUUAACCCCUACUUAAGAAGCUGGUUUGAGAAUUCCAUAUGCCCAAUUCAGAGAGUAGUACAGCUCUUCCAGGAGAAACUGGCCUUCUUGUUACACGCUGCACUGAGUUAUACUCCUGUGGAAGUAAAAAAUGCAGAUGAAAGAACAGAAAAAGACAUUAGCAGGUUUCUGGCAGCUGCUAGCCUCCAAGGCCUUGUUCAGGAAGGCACAAUGACCUCCUUGUGCAUUGCCAUGACUGAGGAACAGCACAAGUCAAUGGUUGUAGACUGUACUGGAGCCCAGCUUCAGCUGCACAAUGCAGGAAGCAACAGAUUCUGUGAGGACUGGAUGCAUGCUUUUGUAAAUGGUGCUGAAGGUGGAAAUCCAUUUCUGUUCCGGCAAGUUUUGGAAAACUUUAAAUUGAAGGCAAUACAGGACAUUAACAACCUGAAGAGGUUUAUUCGACAGGCUGAAAUGAACCACUACGCCUUGUUCAAGUGUUACAUGUUCUUAAAGAACUGCGGCAGUGGAGACAUCCUUUUGAAGAUAGUUAAAGUAGAACAUGCAGAAAUGCCAGAAGCCAGAAACGUAGUGACUGUCCUUGAGGAAUUCAUGAAAGAAACAGCAGUGGCUUAAAAUUAUCUUAAUUAUCCUACAGUUGUUGGAGAGUAUUGUAUAAAUCAUUAAUUUCUUCUGCGCAGCUUAGUUUCAGUACUGCAGAAAGUUUUCUUUUAAAAGCAUUACCUGAGUCAAACCUAAGUGGCAAUUUCAGCUCCUUCUCUCCCUUUAGAGAGAAAGCAGCAUGAGCUUUUUUUAAUGUGUAAAUAUCAGAUCUUAAACACUACUUUCACUGCUUAACAUUCUCCAACUGAUGUGUUCAUCUUGUGAGAAAAUCAUUACAUUUGUGGGUUUUGUUUUGUUUUGCUUUUUUAAAGCGUUGGCAUGACAAAGAGAAGUAUUUUAAAUAUUUUAAGUAUAUUUAAAAUUAUCAUGUCUAAUAAUUAAGAUCCGUUUACUUGUUUUAGUAGAAAAAGAAGCACAAACAUUUAGAUAAAUGACAGUAAAUGAGUUCAUCUUUCUUCAUGUGAGAGAACAUGUCUGUAGCUAGUUUCUACUUCCUACUUUCAAAUCAACAGUUUUGUUCUUCUAUGAUUGAAGAAACAAGUUGUUUACUGACAGGAGAUAGAAAGCCUGGGCAGGGUUUUAGGACUCAACUUGUACGUGCUUCAGUCUGUUCAUAUAUGUGCUGGGCAGGCAUGUUAAAUUCCCAGACUAGAUUAUGAAUCCAAUCCAUUUGUUUAUAUUCUUGUGACCAAGAUCUUCUUUGUACAUUCCUAACAUCGCUUUUGUAUAAUGAAAAUAAUUGUAUGUAGUGAAGAAUUAAUCGUGAAGAUUUUCUAGAGUCAAUAUUAACUUCAUAAAACUUCUUCAUAAAUUGAAAUAAACUGUCCAAAAAAAGAAUUGAAAACACUUCCUUGUGUUGGCAUAAUCCUAGUAAAAAUCAUACUUUAAAUAGAAAAGAAGAAACAAAAAGCCUAAUAAAUAACACACAAGCAGCUAGUUUAGUUGGAUACAUGCCUGGAGGGUGUGACACACAACUGUCUCCAGCAAUCAACUAUGGAAAGCUGAGGAAGAAGCGCACCCAUGCUUAGAAGAUGCUGAGAUGUGCGCUUAGUCUGCAGCCCUUCCGUCCCAGGGAAAAGUUUUAAGCAGUCUGAUGUAAUUGGUCUUCGUUCCCCUCAGUUCUGAGAUCACUGCUGCCGUGGAGCUUCAGCUGUUACGUGGUGGGACAAGAUGUGUGUCUGAAUGCCACUCAGAAGCCAUGUCUGUCCUUGUUUAACUCGUGGAGAAAUACAGCAGCGAUUCACUUUCUCCUUUAUCAGACAGCUUUCGAAACAUAAAAAUGAACCAUCGAUGUCAUUAUUAGAAGAUGACAUCUCGGCUCUCACAACCGACUGCCCUUUGGUUAAAUACUGUAAUUGUAGACAAACUUACAAAACUGACUGUGGAAGAUUUUCCUUGGAUGAUUUUUGGCGUGUGAUGGAAGACAGCUCUGUUUCAUAGGGGGAAAAAAAUCCACCAACAAAAAUUUAAUGGAUUCUGCGCUCAAAUAAUAUUGUUACAACAAAAAUAUACAGAAUGUACACAAUACAAAAAUAUUUGAAAACAUACCAUAGUGUAUUACCUUGCAAAUAUUUUGUUUUACUAGCCCUUAACGGGAAAGUAUCAUUUGCUCAGUAUUUUAAGGCAGAAAAUUACAUUGUUUAGUGCUUUGUGUUUAACGUUUGGAUAUGUUGUUAGGUUAGUAGUGUAAGCAAAAGAAAAGCUGAGCAACUAGCUUUAUUUGCCAAUUAAUGAGACACUGAGGGAGUCAGACAGUGACUAACAUAUCUAUUAAGCUCAUUAGAAAUUAAAGAUGUUGCUACUUGAAUCAGGCCCGGGGAAUAUUUUGUGCUCUGUAUUGUCAAGUACCCUGAAACAUAAAUUUUCUGAACUACUACUACUGGCAUUUCAGGAAUAUCUCAUUAGAAAACUUUUUCCAAUUAAGUGCUGUUGAUUAAUGAUGACAUUAAAAGUACAUUUACCUUU